AUGAGGGAGAGGCGUCGACACCCCUCUGACCCCGGUAUGACUCCUCAGUACCAGUUCAUCGAUGAUGGUGCAGGAUGCCAGCCAGGGGAGCUCGCCAACGAGGUUGAUUUUGCCCAUCCACAAAACUGUAAUGACGGCAGUCGCUCUAGAUGGGCUGAAGACAUGCCACCUCCUUUCCACCGACAUCCUCAGCCUGGGACUCAACAAAGGGUUAGAGAUACACCACAACUGGUCCGAGAGCCACUCAGGUUAGUCGCUGAUGGCCCUUUCCAUACGCGUCCAAACAAUCCAGCUGCGGUAUACUCUCAAUUCCCAUAUCAUCUGCCCGAGGGACCAGCCUUUGGAACUGAAGUCAACUCUGGGGGCGGAGGGCGAGGUCCGGCAGCGAAACCAACACUUCAGCCUGGCUUUCUGCCAGGAAGUCGUCAAUUCGGGAAUGCCAUUUUUGGACAUGACGCUCCUAAGCCACAAGGACCCAAACUUCCUCCAUUUCGCAUUUAUUUUCACCAUAAAGAUGGACAACUUCCAGGUGAGCUGGUUCGCAGACUGUUUGACGUAGCCCAGGCUGAAUCAGCGACAGGGAUCCAUCAAAUAUUCGACCUUCCGAUAGUUCACUCAGAGAGUGCUUCACGGCAAAAUCGAAACCACCAAGGAAUGUCUUUUCCGACGGUAGAACAAUGGAUUGCGGGUGAAAAUUCACGUCCGACACGCAAGCGCUGGAGAGAAUCAUUUGAAGCGCAGGAUCCGCCGGAUGAGCCUGACUCUGUAUGCCAGUUGGCAACAGGGAUCAUUGAUCAUGUGCCAACUAGAAUGCGAGCAAAUGGCAUGUUUCAUCCGGCGCCGAAACGACGUAGGCGUUUCCCCAGUGGACUGUUCGAGAUUACCCCUGACGCAGAAGUGGUCUCUCCUACACGCAGGACCCCGGAAGGAAAGCCAGGCCAACGCGGUUCCCAGCCAGCACAGAAGCCAGCAAGUCAGCUCGUGCGUGUGUCGAGAAAUAUCGAGGCAAUUGCGCAAGCAAGGCUGAUUGCGAAGUUGGCGUCAGGACCAAGUUCUUCUAUUACUCAAACGGCUCAUGAAGUUUUUAGUGAAGAGCAGUGUGAAAUAAUAUUAUGGCUCGCCCUCCACGGAGUAUCGAGUUCGGUAAUUGCGCGCCUGCUGAGUGCCAAUAUCAGGAAACCCAGCAAUUUCAGGAACAGCUCGUUUGUGCCUGACGUUAACAGGUUGGUGCAGCACUUCAUCGCUGAGCUUGCAACAGGUCAAGAGAGAACAAAGAGGGCUGAUGAGAUGGUUGAACACUUGCUGCAACAGGGAGAUCGCCUAGGCUGGAGUCCUUAUCUUCUUCGGCGAGCGGUUGGUCUCACAACUUCUCCAGGGGACGAGGCCGCCCGAAUACAGGAGGUCCGAGAGAACGCAGUGGAGCGUCAAGCACUCCUUAAAUGGAGAAACAAUCACAUGGGCGAGAACCCGGUCGAAAGCACAUCUGGCAGACGAGCACGAGAGCAAGUGCUGGCGUUCCGGGGCUUGAUGAGAGAGGCAAUGGAGGAAGAAAUGUUGGAGCGACUUGGGUACCGUAAGGGCACUCACGAAGUGGAGAAAGUAUUGAUGAAGAAAUGGUUGCUCAAGAUCCGCGAACUUGGCAAGCUCCCCGAUCGCCUGGUUGAGGGUGAAGACGGAGCGCACAGCAUAGGGCUCGACGAAACUGGUACAUAUUCCUAA